AUGUUCUGCACCAAAGAUGACUGGCCAUACUGCUUACCCUGGACGUGGCCUGAGAUCGGUGUUUCGGCUUUCGAAUGUACCAAUAUCACUCUACGGAAAACGGCUACAGUACACACCCUUUCCACGUACACAAACGCCGCUUGGUUCGGUAGAACGGCUGUUUCCGCCGUCUCGAUUUCAUGGAUCAAAGAUCGCGAAAUGAUCACGCGCUUGAACUUUAAACCUACAAGAACUGCAACAUCCCAUUCAUCUGAAUCAACUGCCACAAAGAUGUCCGAAUCCUCUUCAGGGCCUUCUCCGACCCUGGUUGGUGCAGUAGUUGGCAGUGUGGUCGGAGGCCUUGUAGCACUUUCUGUCACAGUGCUCAUUCUCUGGGUGUGGCGAAAGAGGAAACUAUCUAAGGGUCACAUUUUAUUGAACCAAGAAUCGUCACUUCGGGGGGUAUCCAACCGCUCAGACUCAGGAGAACAACCCUUGGCUCUUGCAGAGCCAAAGCCCAGUGAGCUUGAUGGUAACUCAGUACCCUCGUCCCCGCAGGCUGAUCCUGAUUCCCGUGGUAUCGAUGAAUAUGGUCAUCUGCGUUGUAGUAUCUGA